GUUGCGGAUAUAUUCCACCGGUUACGACACAACCAUGUCAGACAAUGUGACGCAAAUAGUUGACCUCUCCAUCAUACCUCGGGACGAGUGCAUCGAGUUUCGAGACUCGUCAUUCUUUCGUAAACACGCCGCUCUUCCUUCCAUCGCCCAAGUACGUGAGCAGGCUGAGCGGCAGGGUCCCCUUUCUCGCCAUCACCCAGUGUACUUCCCCGACAUGGGCCUCAUAGUCAAAUACGGUCCUCUAGAGAGUAUAGCCGAAGCACAGACGAUGUGGAUGAUCGGACAUUAUCUCAAAGACAAGGUGCCUGUGCCCGAGCUUUAUGGCUGGAAGCACGACGACCAAGACUUCUUUAUCUACAUGGAGCUUGUAAAGGGAGUGACCCUCAAGGAUUGCUGGGACUCCCUUUCCGACGCCGACCGAGAAUCAAUAUGCCUGGAAUUGCGUGCCGCCAUUCGCGCCUUGCGUACUUUGCGGCAGGACCCGUCUGAUCCAUUCGUAGGUCACGUAGCCCGCCAACCCAUUCUCGACACCUUUGUUGAUGGUCGCGUUGCGGGGCCGUUCCCAUCCGUUCACGCUCUGCACGAGUACAUAGCGUUCUGGCCCAGUCCCAGCGAUCCCUAUCCGGACGGGGACCCAGAUCGCUGGAGGCUCCCUGACGAUGCACCCAUCGUAUUCACUCAUGGAGAUCUCGACAAGAGUAACAUUCUGGUAUCGACACCUACUGAUGACGGACAGCGACCCCGGCUCCUCAGCAUCAUUGACUGGUAUCAGUCCGGAUGGUAUCCGGACUAUUGGGAGUACUGCAAAGCAGCCCGCCUGGUGAGAGAGGAUGACGAGUGGGCGACACGCUAUAUCCCCAUGUUUCUGGACGUGUACGAGGACAUUGGCUAUUGGGACUACUACACUGGGCGAUAUGGAAUAUAACUCGCGCUGCUAGAGUGUUGUAUAGUGGCAUGGUACCGGUGCAGCGUGUGAUUCCGAGUCUCUG